AUGCAACGGCUGCCGGGCAACAGCUAUGGGCCCAGACAUAAACUGGACGUUCAACAUCUCAAAGGCAUCUGCGACUCCAACGGAUCAAAGGAACAGAGGGCCAAGGAACCCUCUGGGAGCAAGGCUCAUCAAGACUCCUCUUCAAGCAACGACAGGAAAGACACAGCUUCUGAGCUCAAGGAUGAGGUACCUGAGAUUAUCCAAGGUGAAUAUUUGACUGCCCUCAUUGCCUUCUGA